AUGCCAAUCGCAGCUCUAAUCCUACUGUGGCCUUUCGCCACCUCCCUAGCCUUUGCCAGUGUCCUUCCUGGCAUCAAGGGCACCUUCAACAAUCAUCACGUCCAUCACCCCAACGGAAGCACCAUCUCCGUUUACAUACGUGACUCCUAUCACGUCCCCAAACUCACCAGAAGGAAACGCUUCUAUCAAAUGUAUCACGUCGAGUCCGAAUCCUCCAACCUCUGCGGGCCUAGCUCAUUCGUCGACGAAACGGCCACCGACUCCGCGCUCGUGAGCGACUGCAGAGCCAUCAACGCCGCCUUCGAGAAGGUCCACGGGUAUUUCGAGACGGGGGAUUACUCCGGAGGGGAGAAUAACUUCAACACCCUCGCAGUUGCAGGGAAUUGUGUCUUUGGGGUUGCGCGGCGGGAUGGACAGGCAGGAAGGGUGGACGUAGGGGAUACGGAUUUGAUUAAUUUGGUCAAUAAUGCAAUUGGGGAUUUUCAGCGCGAUGGGAAGGUUGGGGCGAGGGGCGAUAUGGAGUGUGGGGUUGUGCCGAUGCGGUGGAGGAUUUACCCUAGGCCAUGA